UCUGACCGUCGUCGUGCGCAGCUCAGGAACAUUGUUGUUUUAUGUGUAAAAAAUAAUAGUUUCAAGUUGAUUUGCGAUCGCAACAAUAAUUCAAUGUUAAAAAUUUGUAAAUGUAGUGACGCGCUUAUGUAUACAAUUCAGUUAAUUGUCAUUCUGUGUGUGUACACGAAUAUUCAUAAAUAACUGCACAUAUGCAUUGCGCAGCAAAUUUAACGGGCAUAGAAACAGUUAUACCGAAAAUUAACAGGAAGUGGAAGUAAAGAUUAAAGAAAAAACAACAUGGCCCGCGACACGCAGGGCACACAGGCUACCCAGAGUCAGGCGUCAAACAUUUGGACGCAGGUCGAGAGCCAACCGAUGGAGAAUAUCGUUUGGGGCCGACUCUACGGCAAGAAUAUUAAGAUCAAAUCCCUCGGUACGAGCCUCAGGCCAUACAAAAUUAUCUAUACGCAUUCGUCCUUUUGUGUUGACUUAAACAACGACGAAUUUUCAGCUGGACGUGGAGAAGCAAAUGAUUUAAUAUUGACGCUCAAUGAUUUGCCUGAGAAAAUCUUAUCGCGCAUAUCCAAAGUGCAUUUUAUCAUAAAGCGUGCAAACUGUGAUCUGACAAAUCCGGUUUAUAUACAGGAUCUCUCUCGCAAUGGUACUUUUGUGAAUGGUGAAAAGAUUGGCACAAACAAAACGCGCAUCCUACAAAAUGACGAUAUCAUAGCGCUCUCGCAUCCCACCUACAAGGCUUUUGUCUUCAAGGAUCUUAGUCCAAAUGAGGCAAUUGGCCUGCCUGCGGAAAUUACUGCUACCUAUUAUAUAAAUCGCAAACUGGGCUCAGGUGCCUAUGGAUUGGUCAGGCUAGUUUAUGAACGACGCACUUGCGAGCAAUUCGCCAUGAAAAUUGUUAAGAAAAACAUGCUCGAGGUGAGCGCACAUCCCAACAACAAUCUCAACGAUCCGGAGCGUGUGCUAAAUGAGGCUAAGAUCAUGAAGAAUCUUUCACAUCCGUGCGUGGUGCGCAUGCAUGAUAUUGUCGAUAAACCGGACUCCGUUUAUAUGGUGCUGGAGUUUAUGCGCGGCGGCGAUUUACUAAACCGCAUCAUCACCAAAAAACUACUCAACGAGGAUACAUCCAAAUUGUAUUUCUAUCAAAUGUGCCAUGCAGUUAAAUAUUUGCAUGAUAGAGGCAUUACACAUCGCGAUCUGAAGCCGGACAAUGUGCUGCUGGAGUCCAACGAUGAAGAUACGCUGCUUAAGGUAUCCGACUUUGGGCUAAGCAAAUUUGUGCACAAGGAUUCAGUUAUGCGUACGCUAUGCGGUACGCCCCUUUACGUAGCGCCAGAGGUGCUCAUCACUGGCGGACGUGCAUCCUACACCCAAAAAGUUGAUAUUUGGAGUCUGGGUGUGGUCCUCUACACAUGCUUGAGUGGCACCCUGCCCUUUUCGGAUGAGUACGGGUCACCGGCUGGCGAGCAAAUUAAAAAAGGCCAAUUUCGCUUCCGUCAUCCCGCCUGGCAGAGUAUUUCACAGCGUGCCAAGCUGCUAAUCAAACAAAUGCUCAUUGUGGAUCCCGAGAAGAGACCCUCAAUCGAUGCUGUGCUCAAGUGCAACUGGCUGCGGGAUACAACGAUUCUGCAAAAGGCUAAUCGUCUUAUGAAACUGGAGGAUAUGGAGAUCGGUGAAGACGAAAACAAUUUCCUGGAGCCGCCCACUAAGCGGCGGCGGCAGUGAUAGCGGCUCAGCGCAAGCGAGCUAACGUGAAAAAGUUUUAAUUUUCUGGAAAAAUUAAUCGACCAUUUUUUUCCGAUCGCAACGAAGCAGGAAAAGCCGCCAUAUAACUGUAAUGCAUUCAUUCCCCUAUUUAAAAGUAUUUUCCCUGCGUUUGUUUUUUUUUACAUAUUGUUUAGUGUAAGUUUUUCAGUUGCGUCUCGUUUAAAGUUGUUAAAAAGAAAAAGCAAAUAAUUUAUAUGAAUUAUUGCAUUUAUUGACGCAAUUAUAAUAUAAAUAUAAUUAUAAUUAAAUAAGAUGACUUGAAUGGUUGUUGCUUAUUUGAAGUAAAGAGAUUAUUGUUUAAA